UACCCCUGUCCCUAAUCUGGUUUUCCAAACCUAGCGUUCCUCCCUGUUUUCCUACCUUGCCACGGCACGCCCAUCAAAGUCGUAGGAACAACCAAUUGGAUCAGGGAGUGCGAGGCCAGGAAGGCCAAUCGCCCAGAGGGGCGGGAGAAGGCGUGGCCACAUCCUGUCUUCCCCCAGCUCCGUGGCUGGUUCCCUACGGGCUAGUGCCUCCGGGCGGGAUCGGAAGACAUGGGCGCUACCUGGGGGAACCCCGGAUGGGUGCGGCUGGCGCUGUGCCUCGCGGGUUUAGUGCUCUCUCUCUACGCGCUGCACGUGAAGGCGGCGCGCGCCCGGGACCGGGAUUAUCGCGCGCUCUGCGACGUGGGCACUGCCAUCAGCUGUUCGCGCGUUUUCUCCUCCAGGUGGGGCCGGGGCUUCGGGCUGGUGGAACAUGUGCUCGGCCAGGACAGCAUCCUCAAUCAAUCCAAUAGCAUAUUCGGUUGCAUCUUCUACACUUUACAGCUGUUGUUAGGUCUGGGUGAUACCCUGAAGUCAAGGCAGUGUUCUAGAGAUGGCCAGUCCCUGAAGCCCUGCCUGAGCCUUGUGUGCCUUGCAGGUUGCCUCCGGGCCCGCUGGGCAUCUAUCCUGCUGGUGCUGAGUUCCCUGGUGUCUCUUGUCGGUUCUGUCUACCUGGCCUGGAUCCUGUUCUUCGUACUCCAUGAUUUCUGCAUCGUUUGCAUCACUACCUAUGCCAUCAAUGUAGGCCUGGUGGUGCUCAGCUUCCGGAAGGUCCGGGAACCGCAGGGCAAGAUCAAGGGGCACUGAGCCCUCACCCAAGCCAGGCUGACCUCACGCUCUGCCUUGGCAUGGGAGCCUUGCCCAGGGGGCCCAUGUCUGGGUCCUUAGAAGAGUCUACAGGCUGACCCCACCAUACUCCCACACAGGACAAUGGACCAAAUGUGCCACAUUCUUUCCUCCACUUCAGUGCCUCUGGCUCUGUCCCCAAGGGCUGGGUUCCAAAGCUCCUGCCAUUGCCCAAGAAGGGAAGGUUCUGAGCAAUAAAAUUUCUUAAAUAAACUGGCUAAGUCUGAGCCAUCUGUCUGUGAGGGACCCUAGUGUUGGGCCUCCCCCAGUCUUGUCUCCUCUGGAUUGGAAGCAAAUGAGUCAGAGGGAGAGUGUAGGGCCUACCUGGAAAGGAUGGUUGGUCCCUUCUCCAGUGUGUGGAGUUGGUAAGACUUGGGGUGCCAUCAGCCCCACCCCCAAAAAACAGGCUGGCAGCUUGUCCUUGCUGCCCAACGGGAGCCAGGGUUUCUCUUCUUGGGGGCCAAGCACACACUUGAAAGGGCAAACUACCCUUCUACUUCUGUGCGUGCUAACUGGGAAGUUCUUCCUAUGGUCCAACCUUCACCCCUCCAGCUGCCUUAUCUACCACCCCAAGCCAGUCUUGGCCACCCUGAGGACCAGGAACACAUUUUGAGUAUUUCUGUCUUAGUUUUCCUAAUAUGUGCUAAGCACCUAUCCACAUGCUAAGCACUGCAUAAGAACAUGACAUAUGAGGGCGCCUGGGUGGCUCAGUGGGUUA